CGGUAUUGAAAAUGGAGUAGUGUAGAAGACUGGGCGGUAGUAAUACCUGUAGGUGUGUCAGUUGCGCGGUUUUCCGCGGUUUUUACCGUGAUAACGUGACCGGAUACCGCCACAUUUACUUUAUAUAAAUAAGUUUUUUUUUUUUUUCAUAUAUUAUUAUUAUUAUAUCAUAAAUUAAUUUUAUUAUUUUAUAAAUAUCCAUAUAUUUAUAAAUAUUUUUUAAAACCCGCUAUUCAUAACGAACGAGAGCACACGUCUCUGCUAUAAUUGAGAUUAGAAAAAAAUCAGUGUGUGAUUGCAGUAGGUGUGGUGUCUUAUGUAAAGAAGAGAUUUAUUUACUUUGGGCAGUAAAAGAUGGGCGAUUGGAUCAUCAGUUGGCAAAUCCAUCAAGAUUUUACAUCAGAUUUAAUCACAGUCACUGAUAAAUCAUCAUCAUCAUCAUCAUCAUCAUCGGAAUCAUCAAAAGUCGGUGUAAAAUUAAUAACGUCGAGUGGUAAUUGUAAUAGUAUUGAACAUCACCGGCAGCAGACACUCAAGAUCCCUUUUAUUUCUUCAAUUUAUUCAACAGAGACACAAGAAUUUAACCAAUGACGUAUUGGUCAUAUAGAGAUAGACAAUUAAUGAAUUACAUGUUUAUUUAAAAGCUAAACGUACUGUGACGUAUUUAUUAUUUAAAUAAUUAGUUGUGUGUCUGUGCGUAUGUCCUGAGUUAUCAAAAUGUGGAAUAUGAUGUGCGAUGUGAUGCCAACGAUCGCUGAGGACAGCAUCAGCCAGAGAAGCUCACAGUUCUCUGGUGAAGAUGCUAACUUCGAGCAGCUCAUGGUCUCCAUGCUCGACGAACGGGACAAACUCAUGGACUCACUCCGCGAGAGCCAGGAGAGACUUCAAGAGGCCGAAGUCAGGCUUCAAGAAGUCGAAAAAGAACGCGAUGCUCUCAAUAGACAAAUAAAUGCCAACGUUCCUCAGGAAUUUUCUCAACUGACGAAAGAAUUAUCAGCAGCACGUGAAAGUAUACUUGAGCGUGAAGAAGAAAUAUCGGAAUUGAAAGCAGAACGUAAUAACACUCGGCUACUACUUGAACAUCUGGAAUGUCUAGUAUCAAGACACGAAAGAUCUCUCAGGAUGACGGUGGUGAAGAGACAAGCGGCUGCACAAUCCGGAGUGUCGUCCGAGGUCGAGGUACUCAAGGCACUCAAGAGUCUCUUCGAGCAUCACAAGGCUUUGGAUGAAAAGGUCCGAGAACGAUUAAGAGUCGCGCUAGAAAGAAAUACAAGCCUGGAGGAAGAACUUGCGCGGACCAAAGAUGAGUUACAGCAAUAUAAAGCCGCCGGUUAUCAACCCGGUUCGUCAUCCUCAUCAUUAAAAACUCUGGAAGAUAAACCCAAAGAAAAUGGGCAAUUGGACGAACAACAGCAGCAACAAUUGCAAAACAAGAAUGAGGAUCAGGAGACAAUAACUCUGGAGGAAGGUGAACAUGAACCGAGUAAACGAGUAGGUGAUCAAAGUGAUCAUGAUAUUGCUGAGGAGAAGACUGUGGAGACUGUCGAGGAUGAAAGUAGACUCAGCAACGGCGAUGCUAUUGAUGAGGAUCCAGUUGCUGUCGAUUUGCAGGCUACCCUUGAUAAGCAGAAUUCAGAAAUCGCCACGUGGCAACGAAGGGUAGGAGAGCUCAGCGGGCGUGUUGCUGAGUUAGAAGAGACUUUGAAUAAGACACAAAAAGAGUUUAUGAAGACCCAAGAAGCGAAUAAUAAAUUGCAACGCGACCUGAGAGAAAAUGUCGCUCAGAAAGAAGACCAGGAAGAGAGAAUAGCGACUCUGGAAAAAAGAUAUUUGAAUGCGCAGCGGGAAUCUACCAGCGUGCAUGAUUUGAAUGAAAAACUCGAACAAGAAUUAAAGCACAAGGAAGAUCAGCUCAAGUUACAAGAAAAGAAAAUCGCAGCAAUCCAAGAAAAAUUAGAACUCGCAGAACAAAAGUUAGCGCAGUAUGCUAAAUUACCUGAGAUGGAGGAACAAUUGAAGCAGAGGAUGGAGGCACUGACGCAGAUUUGUGAUGUAUUAAAUAAGCAGGCGCAAGAAAAACAUGGCAGCGCUGAGGAUAGAAUACAAAGACUGGAAACUCAAUUAGAAGAAAAGAAUGGAGAGGUGAUGCGUCUUAAUCAGCGUUUGAAGAUGAAUGAAGAGCACAAUACACGGCUAAGCAGUACUGUUGAUAAAUUAUUGUCAGAAUCAAAUGAAAGACUGCAAGUGCAUUUGAAAGAAAGAAUGCACGCACUGGAGGAGAAAAAUGCGCUGACCCAAAACUUGGAAAAAAUGCGUAAAAUAGCUGAAGAUUUGCAAAAUGAAAAAGAUGAAUUGAUUAAAGAAUUGACUAAAGCGAGAUUAGAAAUAGACAGCGUCAAACGUCAAAUGUUGCAGCAAGAAAUAGCAUUUAAUAUUCAACAGACUGAUGCACUGACACGUAGUUUAUCACCAAAUGCCGUGACGUUAGUUGAACCAGCGUCAUCUUCCAGAAGUGCUAGUCACAGUAGCUUUGAUACUCAUUCAUUACCAAGACGUGCUACUGGUAAACGGAUUAUUGAUGAUGAUUCCGCAAAGAGUUACGUAGCUCGCACAUUAGCAGAACAAGAGUGGGAAAAAUUACAGCAAGCCCACGUGCUGGCAAAUGUACAGCAAGCAUUUGACGUAUCAAGCGAUGCAGAAGUAGACGGCGACAACGAAAGUUUGUUCAGCUCAGCUGCAGACAUGAUCAGCCCAUCUGAUCAAACAGACGCCCAGACACUCGCGAUGAUUCUCCAAGAGCAACUCGACGCAAUAAACAUCGAGAUACGAUUGAUACAAGAAGAGAAACAGAGUACCGAAGCACGUGCCGAAGAAUUAGAAUCACGAGUAGGUAGUCUGGAGCACAUGAACCUAUUGUCACGUGGUCGUAGUCACGAGCGUGCUUCUCCACCACUGAGCGGUCGGUCAACACCCAAAUCUCAUCACAGUCCCAAUCGCGAUUAUCUCCAUAAAUAUCAUACUGCACCAGCCUCAAUGUCACCUGCGCAUCUUCAUCAAUAUGCAUCUUCAUUGGCUAGCCCAUCGGGACAACUGUCUGAGUCUUUGCCUGCCAGCCAGUUACAGCUGUCAGGUGAAGAAUUGCACUCCGUUAACGAGCGCGACGGUAGCAUGGGCGGUGGAAUGAACAGCGGGCUAAGUAUGAAUAAUGACGCAGCAUCUCCAUCAACAGCCAGAUCCAUAAGACUCGAACGUGUCGUCCAGGCACUAGCGCACAGCCAAGAAGAAUUACGGAGACGCACAGGUCAUACCGGAUUUCCCAAUGCCGGUUAUCCGACCCACAGCAGGCAUGGGCAUCAUAACAACGGCACGCUGAAUUGUGGGACACCACCUUCACCGUUGUCUUCACGUCAUAGCAGCCAGGACAGUUUACACAAAAACAACUACAUCGGAAUGUCCUCCAGUGGAAUGAGUCAUCCAGGUGUUGGUUUACCACUGGGUCAGCUGUCAAGUUCUCACUUGCAAAUGCAGGCCAGCGGCAUGAGCCCUGCUACUGCUGCCGCUGUUGCUGCUGCUCAGAAAAAGAAGGGAAUCAAAAGUAGUCUUGGAAGAUUCUUCAGUAAAAAGGACAAGAUUAAAUCCAAGGACAAUUCAAUGGGAGCUGAUAUGGCUGGAUUUGGUCCUGGUGGCGCGAGUACACCAGCAGAUCCAGAUUAUGGUGACAGUGUCACUGUAGUUGGGACACAAUUGAGUGGCAGUAAGACUGAUUUUGAUCGUAGGAAAAAGAAAAGCAUGUUGGAUUCGUCGCGACAUGAACUACUGGCAGAGGCAAUGAAAGCCGGAACGCCAUUCGGACUAUGGAAUGGACCGACAAUUGUCGCCUGGCUGGAACUGUGGGUCGGUAUGCCCGCUUGGUACGUCGCUGCAUGUCGCGCAAAUGUUAAAAGUGGUGCUAUAAUGAGCGCUCUGAGUGACACGGAGAUACAGCGCGAAAUAGGAAUUAGCAAUCCGUUGCAUCGACUGAAAUUACGACUGGCAAUUCAAGAAAUGGUGUCGCUGACCAGCCCAUCGGCUCCUAAGACCUCGCGCACGACAUUGGCCUUUGGUGACAUGAACCAUGAAUGGAUCGGCAACGUCUGGUUACCGAGUCUUGGGUUACCGCAGUACAGAUCAACGUUCAUGGAGUGCCUUGUCGAUGCACGGAUGCUUGAUCAUCUUAACAAAAAGGACUUACGUGGUCAGCUGAGAAUGGUUGACAGUUUCCACAGAACAAGUCUUCAAUAUGGAAUUUCAUGUUUGAAACGAUUGAAUUAUGAUAGACAACAACUGGAAGACAGAAGACGAAUGGCUGAGAGUGCGAAUGUUGAUGUUAUAGUAUGGAGUAAUGAUCGUGUUAUUAGAUGGGUUCAAUCAAUUGGUCUUAAGGAAUACGGGAACAAUUUACUAGAAUCUGGAGUUCAUGGUGCUCUUAUUGCACUGGACGACAGUUUCGACGCUAAUUCAUUUGCACUUACUCUACAAAUACCAACCCAAAAUACCCAAGCAAGACAAUUAUUGGAAAUGGAAUUUUCAAAUUUACUUACCGUUGGCACGGAGAGGCAUCCAGACGAAUCAAACAGUUUGAAAUCUUGAUCAAAUUUACCAGCCAGGCCAUCAUUACCACGCCAUCAUCAACCCCAUCACGUCUAGUCUACCGCAGCUACUGUACCGCGCUGUACAUUUAAAACUUACGGAGUAAUUAAUAAUAUAAAACAAUACAUAAAUUUUAAAAGCGCCCGCGCUUUUUGAGUAUCGAUGCAGUGAGGGUAACGGUAUUUUGUUUUUACUCGCAAUCACUCGGCAGGUUCAUAUCAAUUUACUUCAUUAUGAGUAAAUUAUUGAUAUCUAUACAAAUAUAUAUAUACAUAUAUUUAUAACGCGAGGGAAAAUGGACAGCUAAAUAAUUUCUGACUUCUUUUUUAGUCUGCGGCCCAUUUUACCCCUUUAUAUAUAUAUUUAUAAAUAUUGAUAUUUAAAGAAACGGAAGCACUCAGUGCUUUAUAUAAUUAAUAUAUUAAUGUAAUUUAAUUAUUAUUAAUAUUAAAAAAAAAAAAAAUAUGAAACCGCUAAUUAAUGGUGAAAAAAUAUAUCAAGUCGCAUUCCUAGUAUUGUAAAUGAUUUAACAAAAUGUGGAAACGGAGAGAGAAUAGAUAAAAAAUAAUAAUUAAAUAAGUAAGAGUGCGUGUAAAAAUAAAAUAAAAAAAUGAAGAAAUCAAGACGGCAACUCCAAGUGACAAUAAUUCCAUCGGGCUGAAUUAUUUAUUUGUUGCUUUUUUUUAAUCAUUAAAUAAUAAAUUAGUAUCAUAAAUUUUUUCAUCAUAUAUAAUAAUAAUAAUAAUGAUAAUUAUUAUUUUUAAAAUUACCGUUGUAUUAUAAAUCGUGUAACUUGAAGAAUGCAAAUGCGCACGCAUCAUAAAUCGCACAAAAAAAAAUAAUCACUUAAAUUAUUAAUAAUUUUUAAAUUGUGGCUCCAUUGUGCCAUUGAGUAAAUGAAAAUUUUCAGAUUUAAAUUUUGAAUUUAAAAUAUAAAUUUUUUUAACAGUAAAAUAAGUGCGAGUUUAUAAAAGUAAAAAAAAAUAGUCUUGAUACUUUACACAAUCUCUGAUUACAUAUUUAUGUAUCUACGAUAAUAAAUAAUAAUAAUAAUAAUUAUAAUAAUAAUUUAUUAAAUAUAUAGACAAAUAUGCAUAUGAAAAAUGAUGAAAUGAAAUUUAAGAUACAACAAAACCAUCGAGUAUUCGUAUUAAAAAAAAAAAUGUUAACACAGGACAACUGUACUUUAUACACAUUAUUAUAUUAUUAUUAAUUAAUUAAUUAAUUAAUUAAUGUGAGAAAUUAUUGAGAGUUAUAUUUAAAAAACGAGAGUGGGUAUGCACAAGCACAAUUAUUAACUCUCGUUAUUUAUUUAUUAGUUACCGAUUAAAUAUAAAUGAAAAAAUGAGUAAAAAUUUUUGAGUGUGUGCGUGUUAUGAUAAUUAAUAAUUGGGCGGUUUAAAUUCAUAAUCAUUAAAACAAUUAUAUAAAUAUUUGCAUGAAUAUUUAUAGUAGGAUCCGAAUAGUUUGUCAUAACUAAAUACAUUACAAUUUAAUAUUUAUUAACUUUGACAACGUCGAUGAUUUGAAUUUAUUAUUUCAAAUAAUUAAUGAGUAUUUGAAUUUGAAUUAUACGCGGGAAUAAAUAAUCAGAUAUGAUCAUAUAUGACCAGGUUUGAAUUUAAGUAUGGCUGUAUGUGAUCAGGUAUAAGGUCAUAUAUGAACACAUGAUCAGGGUUGAGCUCAUGUGUGAUCAGGUAUGAGUUCAUGUGUGACCAGAUAUGGGCUUAUAUGCGAUCAGGUCGUAUAAAUUUAUAUAUGAUCAUAUGUAGUUAUGUAGGAUCAGAUAUACAUACCUAUGUAACGUUUGUAAGUAUGAGUUCAUAUGUGAUUAGGCAAGAGCUUUCAUAUGUUCAGAUAUGAGUUUACACGUGAUCAGGCACGAACUUACAUAUGAUCAGGUAUGACUUUCCAUGUGAUCAGGCGCGUGUUCAUAUGUGAUCGGGUAUGAAUUCAUGUGUGAUCAGGUACGAGUUUACAUAUGAUCAGGAUUUCAUAUGAGUUCAUAUAUGAUCAGAUAAGAGUUUAUGCCUGAUCUUACAUGAAUUUAAACCUGAUCAGAUAUAAUCACAUCAGCGCAUUUUUAUUGAAUAGAAUUCUUAUAAAAAUAAUGAAAUAUAAAAAAAAAUCAUCGAUAAGGUUAUCGCGUCUUAUAAAAAAUCUAUUAUUUUAUGCCUGCCUCUAAAAAAACUAAAAGAAUUUAAUCAAGUAUAUUAUUAUUAUUAAAAUAAUAAAUAAAUAAUAUAUUAAAUGCGAAUGAAUGUGCGCGCAUAUAAAAAAUUAAACAUUUCUACGUAGAUUCAAAAUUAUAAAAAUAAUAAUAAUAAUAAUAAUAAUAAUAAUAAUAAUAAUAAUAGUAAUAAUAAUGAUAAUGAUAAUUAUAAUAAUACGAUUUAAUCGCGGGCAUUUUAUACCGAAAUAAAAAAAUGAUUAAAAAAUACUAAACAGACUUAUUAAGUGAAAAAUAUAUACACGUGAUGCACGUGGGUAAUCUUGACUUGAGACAUUUAAAAAAUAAUAUAUAUAUAUAUAUAAAUAUAUAAAUAUAAAUAUAAAUAUUUAAAUAGACGUGAUUAAUUAUGUGAAUAAAAAUAAUUUUAAAUAAAUUGUCGCGGCUGUCGAUCGAUCGUAUGUUUGACUUUACCAUAAAUUUAUAU